AUGAGUUGGAUAUCAAGUAUUUUGCUAACAACCUCAUUGAUUUUGAAGGUUCAAGCACAAUCAUUUGAAGUUUUUGAUGAAAAAAUACGCAUUUCUUCAGUAUAUCCAUUAAGAGCACCGCCAAAUUUUGAAUUUUGUCAAACUGAAACAGUAUACAUACCGACUCCUAACCCAGUAGAAGUAUCAGCAGUAGAAUGUGCAGAAACAAUUGUAAAUUUACCUGUACCAAUUGAUCAACCAUUGAUUCCGAGACCAGGACCAAUACCAUAUCAACCAUUAAUUCCUACUACCCCAAUCACUCCUUUCCCUAUUCCAACAUCACCUCCACCUUUUGCUAUACCGAAACCGCUACCAUUUGGUCCGUUUUCUUCAUCACCUAUUAUUCCCACAUCGACACCUGUACCAACAUUUCCAACUCCCAUACCAUAUAUACCAUUUCCUUCAUUGCCUAAUGUUUCCGCACCUCCACUUUUACCAACAUUCACAGCACCCUCAUCACCUAUACCAAUUGUCUCACCGCCUACUGGUUCGGCACCUUCGUCUAUACCAACUUUUCCUACUACUAUAACAUCUAUGCCACUUCCUCCAACUAUUGUCUCGACACUUCCUCCUCCACCAACGUUCCCAACAUCUACACCCGUAACGUUUCCUCCAUUGCCUAUUGAUCUCACACCUCCAACUAUACCAACGUUACCAACACUUAUACCAGUUAAACCACUUCCUCCACCGUCUGUAGUUUCGACACCACCUACUCUACCAAUAUUCCCAAAACCUCCACCAUCCUUACCACUUCCUCAAUUACCUAAUGUUGCUGCACCUCCUUCUCUGCCAAUAUUCCCAGUACCUCCUCCCACAUUACCAUUUCCACCAUUACCCAUUAUUGCCACUCUUCCACCUGUUCCUACGUUGCCAUCUGUUCUACCCGCUCCAAUGCCGUUAAUACAAACAACAUUAGUAAAUAAUCAGCUGUCGAAUUCUUUAGCUAAUGUUUUACAAACGUUGAUAGUAGGAAAACUUAUGUCAACUACAGCAAACCCUUGUUUUAGGGACAUCAAACCUUUGUACGAUGCAAUAGGAACUAUUGGAACUGUAGAGACUUAUUUAUAUUCUUAUCCUGAGGCUGUGGAACAAUUUUAUUAUUAUACAUAA